UCUGGGAUCAGUGGAUUUGAUAGACAAGGCCCGACGACCAACGAUUGAAAAAGCCAAGCCUGAUCUGCUUCGAUCAUUCCGACGCUGACGUGGGGCCCGAACGUACUCCGCUCUCACUCAGUAACACAAUGCAAGCCAAGGAAUUUUCGAGGCCAAGAAAAUCAUCAACCUUACGAAUGGCUUUGUUCUUGAGUACACACGACACCAGAUUCGCUCAUCGUUUGGGGAGUGGGCCCGCUCUUCACACCCCGGCACUUCCUUCCCCGCGGCAAGAGAAAGACCGCUCUUUCCAAAGGACCCUCGAGAGUUAGUUAACCUUUCUCAGGGUCCCGCUGAAUAAAGUUGUGGGUUUUAAAACACAAGAAUCGCCGCUGGCGUCAAAGGUAAAAAGACCGACGCCAUUGCUCUCCGCCAUCUCUUCGACCCUCGUGACCUCGGCGCCUCAAUUAUUGACGAAACAGUCAUGUCGUCAAGACAGAAAGCUGAGGUGGCUCUGCACGACCAGACCGACAUUCUUCCUCUUCGAAAACUGCUGGUUGUCUUCGGUACCCUUGCCGCGUCGCUGUUUAUUUGUUACGCUGAUCAAAAUGGAAUUGCUGUCGCUCUACCGACGAUGGCCCGCAGCUUGCAUGCUGAGGAUACCAUUUCCUGGGCGGGCACGUCCGCACUGAUUGCAAAUACCGUCUUUCAAGUCUUGUACGGACGAAUGUCGGACAUCUUUGGUCGCAAGGUGGUGCUUCUUUCUGCUCUGGCAAUGCUGGCAAUUGGCGAUAUUCUCUGUGCCACGGCUCAAAAUUCUACGUCACUGUACGUAUUCCGGGGACUUUCUGGAAUUGCCAAUGGAGGAAUCAACUCUCUUACGAUGAUGAUUGUUUCGGACGUUGUGACGCUGGAAGAACGUGGUAAAUACCAAGGAAUCCUUGGAUCCUGCAUUGGGCUAGGGAAUACUGUCGGGCCGUUUCUAUCAGCCGCAUUUGCACAGCGAACAACAUGGAGAGGCUUCUUCUACUUCGUAUCGCCCUUUGCUGCUCUCUGCGGAGUGUUGACCUUCUUCCUUUUACCAUCGAGCAUGCCGAAAGGACGUGCUGUGGAAAAAGUCAAGUUGAUCGAUGUCUCUGGUCUUUUAACAGGUUCCGUGGCUAUCAUUUUUCUACUUAUUCCGCUAUCCGGAGGAGGAUCCUACUUUCCGUGGGACUCGGCGAUGGUAAUUUCGAUGCUUGCAAUUAGCGGAGUCGCCGCUAUUGCCUUUAUCUUCUGCGAAUGGAAGGUCGCAAAACUUCCGAUGAUGCCCCUAUCCAUGUUCACCAAUAUUCCCGUCUGCACGAUUUUGAUCCAAAAUUUUCUUUUUGGAAUCGUUUACUACUCGGAGUUGUACUAUCUGCCAAUCUAUUACGAGAACGUUCGUGGAUGGUCCCUGUUUGCUUCAGCAGGUCUGACGAUCCCUAUUGUGGUGGCGCAAAGUUUAACAAGUAUUGUCUCCGGACAAUAUAUAUCUCGCAUGAAGCGCUACGGCGAGGUCCUUUGGUCAGGGUUCGGACUUUGGACGCUCGGUGCAGGGUUGACCUGUAUUUUCAAUCGGCACACUCAUCCCGCCGUCAUUGCUGUCAUUCUCAGCAUCAUUGGCGUUGGGGUCGGUAAUGUUUUCCAACCGGUGCUAAUUGCACUGCAGGCGCACUGUACGAAAUCGCAGCGCGCCGUGGUCAUCUCCAACCGGAAUUUCCUUCGCAGCCUCGGAGGAGCAUUCGGUCUUGCCAUGUCAUCACUUGUCUUACAAAGCACGCUGAAAAAGAAUCUGCCGCCCAAAUUCGCAUACUUGGUGCAUUCUGCGUACUCCAAGCCCGAUUACAGUACGCUGUCCAGCGCAGAUAGAGAUGCUAUCGAGGACGCAUACAUGAAAGCUAGUCGUAUGGUUUUCAUUUAUAUUAGCCCAAUCAUUGGCGCAUGCUUUCUAGCGUGUAUCUUCAUCAAGGAUCGGGGAUUAGAGAGACCGCCUGAGCCCGGAAGCGCGGAGAAGACGCCACGGGUGGGUGGAUCCACCAGCACGACGGAGCCGGUGAGACAAGUUGGAGAGGAUGCUGAGCGGGCACCAAAAGCUUUGGGGCCCUAGAGUAACAUGCGAAACACUAGAUGUCGAAUUAAUCGCCUCACCACGCAGCUUGGGAUGUGAGGGGGGCCAAAUUGAGGCAGCAGCGCGACUCCAAUCAUCCGGCAAAAUGGGACCAGUCCUGCUCCGGGGGGUGGGUUCCGAACCGCGGC